CCUUCCACUUUCCUCUUUCUUUCUCAUAAACGUUUUGCUUCCACUUUUCUCAUAGAUAUUGUUACUCUGCGUGAACUUUUCAUUUUUUUCAAUCCUUCAGCGAAUCCCCUUUAUUCUUGCACACACCCACUUGUUCAUCAUGUCCAUCUUCCUGUUUUUCGACUUUUGAACUGUUAUGGCUUCUUCGAGUGAAAGAGAAACAUCUUCAGGAUCGUCCACGAUUCAAAAAUCUGGUUCAGAGGAGGAUGCAGAGGCGCAGAUGGACGAGAGGAAGAGGAAGAGAAUGACGUCGAACCAGGAAUCAGCGAGGAAGUAUCGAAUGAGGAAGCAGAAGCACUUGGAAGAUCUGGUUUCAACGGUGGCUCAGCUCAAGAAUGAGAAUCAGCAUAUUCUGCAAUCAAUCAAUCUCACUAGCCAAAAUUACAUGAAUUUUGAAGCUGAAAACUCAAUUCUGAGAGCUGAAAUGAGUGAGUUGAGCUCUAGGCUUUCGAACCUAAGAUUCUAUGAUGUGUUUUUGAGUUUCAGAGGGGAAGAUACGCGUGCUUCUUUCGUUUCACAUCUCCAUGCCUCUCUUCAAAACGCUGGAAUCAUUGUCUUCAAGGAUGAUGAGUCACUUCCAAGGGGAGAUCAAAUCUCAUACUCUCUAUUCCAAGCAAUUGAACAGUCUCGAAUUUCGAUUGUUGUCUUCUCAAGGAACUAUUCACAGUCAACAUGGUGUCUGAAUGAGUUGGUGAGAAUAAUGCAGUGUCACAGCACCAUAGGGCAGGUGGUACUUCCAGUGUUCUAUGAUGUUGAUCCCUCUGAAGUUCGACAUCAAACAGGCGAGUUUGGAAGAGCAUUUCAAAGCCUUUCGAGCAGAACUUUUACAGAGGUAAGUAAGAAGCGGCGUUGGAUGAAGACACUUCGUGAAGCUGCCAGCAUCUCAGGUAUUGUUGUCCUAAAUUCCAGGAAUGAGAGUGAGGCUAUCAAAAGCAUUAUUGAAAAUGUUACACGUUUGUUAGACAAGACAGAGUUGUUCAUUGCUGAUAAUCCAGUGGGAGUAGAAUCCCGGGUGCAAGACACGAUUCAGUUGCUAGAUCUCAAAAGAUCAAACGAUGUUCUACUGCUAGGAAUGUGGGGAAUGGGAGGCAUUGGUAAAACAACCAUUGCAAAAGCAAUUUAUAACAAGAUUGGCCGUAAUUUUGAGGGAAGGAGCUUCCUUGCACAAAUUAGGGAUGUUUGGGGGAAAGAUGGUGGCCAAGUCUGCUUGCAAGAACAACUUUUGUUUGAUAUCAACAAAGAAACAAAAACAAAGAUACACAAUGUUGAAUUUGGAAAAAAUAUAUUAAUGCAAAGGCUUCACCGUAAAAGGGUACUUCUUAUACUUGAUGAUGUGAAUAACUUGCACCAAUUAAAUGCUCUAUGUGGAAAUCGUGGAUGGUUUGGUUCAGGAAGUAGAAUCAUCAUCACAACUAGAGAUAUGCAUAUACUAAGAGGGAGUAGAGUUGACAAAUUGUACAUGAUGGAAAGGAUGGAUGAAAGCGAAUCUGUUGAGCUUUUUAGUUGGCAUGCAUUCAAGCAAGCAAGUCCUAGAGAAGAUUUUGCUGAACUUUCAAGAAGUGUAAUUGCAUAUUCUGGGGGAUUGCCACUAGCUCUUGAAGUCCUUGGGUCCUAUUUGUUUGAUAUGGAGGUAACAGAGUGGAAGAGUGUACUGGAGAAACUCCAGAAAAUUCCAAAUGAUGAAGUGCAGGAGAAGUUAAAAAUAAGCUAUGAUGGUCUAAGUGAUAAUACUGAAAAAGAAAUAUUUCUUGAUAUAGCUUGCUUCUUUAUUGGAAUGGACCGAAAUGAUGUCAUACAUAUAUUAAAUGGCUGUGGACUUUGUGCAGAAAAUGGAAUACGUGUUUUAACAGAGCGAAGCCUUGUAACUAUAGAUCAUAACAACACGCUUGGUAUGCAUGAUUUGUUACGAGACAUGGGAAGAGAAAUCAUUCGUGGAAAAUCACCGAAGGAACCUGAAGAACGUAGCAGAUUAUGGUUUCUUGAGGACGUGCUUGAUGUUUUAUCAAAAGAAACUGGAACAAAAGCCAUCGAGGGAUUGGCUUUGAAGUUACCAAGAACUAAUACAAAAUCUUUGAAUACUAAAGCUUUCAAGAAGAUGAAGAAACUUAGGUUACUGCAACUUGCUGGUGUAGAUCUUAUUGGGGAUUAUAAAUAUCUUUCCAAAGAUCUGAGAUGGCUUUGUUGGCGUGAAUUUCCUUUAACAUCCUUUCCAGCAAACUUCUAUCAAGGAAGUCUUGUUUCUGUUGAGUUAGAAAACAGUAAUGUUACACAUGUCUGGAAAGAAGCCCAGGUGAUGGAGAAUCUGAAAAUUCUCAAUCUAAGUCAUUCUCAUUGUUUAACUCAUAGUCCAGACUUUUCCAAUAUGCCUAAUCUUGAAAAGCUAGUACUCGUAGAUUGUCCAAGGUUGUUAAAGAUUUCCCGGACCAUUGGACAUCUCAAUAAAGUUCUUCACAUAAAUUUGCAAGAUUGUAUUAGUCUUCGUAAACUUCCAAGAAGUAUCUAUAAGUUGAAAUCUCUUAAAACACUCAUUCUUUCAGGUUGUCUAAUGAUUGAUAAGUUGCAAGAGGACAUAGAACAGAUGGAGUCUUUGACAACUCUUGUUGCUGAUAAGACUGCAAUCACAAAAAUUCCCUUUUCUAUUGCAAGAUCAAAAAGCAUUGCAUAUAUUUCUUUGUGUGGCUAUGAAGGAUUCUUACGAGAUGUGUUUCCUUCUAUCAUCUGGUCUUGGAUGUCGCCAACGAAUAGUCUUUCAUCUCAUAUGCAAAGGUUUGCUGGCAUUUCAUCUCUUGCUUCUUUAGAUGUGCCAAAUAACAGUUCCCACCAUCUAGCAUCUAUUUCCAAGGACCUUCCGAAACUUCAAAGUCUUUGGGUAGAGUGUGGCUCAAAACUUCAAUUAUCCCAAGAUACGAAAAUUAUUUUUGAUGCUUUACAUGAUACAAAUUCAGGGGAAUCGGAAACAACUGCAACAACAUCACAAAUGUCAAAUAUCAAUGCUUUCACAUUAAUUGAAUGCAACAGUCAAGUUCACCUAUCAGGAUCAAAUAGAUCUCUUUUAAUUCAAAUGGGAGUGAGUUCUGAGGUAUCCUACAAUCUAAAGGAGAACAUUUUAAAGAAUAAUCAAGAUUGUUUGGUCUCAGAUAAUUGUUAUCCACAUUGGCUAGCCUUUGACAGCAACGGUUCUUCUGUGACUUUUGAAAUCCCUGAAGUGAAUGGUUAUAAGAUGAAGACAAUAAUGUGUCAUGUCCAUUAUUCUUCUCCUGCUAAUAUAACUUCUGAUGGCCUUAAAAACUUGUUGGUGAUAAAUCACACAAAGGGCACCAUUCAGCUUCAUAAAAGAAAUGCAUUAGCCGUGUUUGAAGAUGAGGACUGGGAGAGGGUCAUAUCAAAUAUAGAGCCUGGUAACAAAGUGGAAGUUGUUGUUAUUUUUGGAAACAGCUUAAUUGUGAACCAUACUAAAAUUUAUGUCACAUAUGAGCCAAAUGAUAAUAAAAGUGAAGUACCAUGCACCACGUAAGAAUGUCAAAGGUUUUAGUGAUGAUCAGGUCAAUCUCUGCUCAAGUGGAAUCCUCAUAUGACAAAUGGAAAAGAUGAUUUAAUGAAUCUCUGGUGACCACAAGAGACCUUGUAAUUGGAGACAUUUUCUGUUUUGUGAUUAAUGGCCAGUAAAUGUUUAAAUCAUUGGGAGCUAUGAAAAGUCCACUUGGCUCUGGAUCGUAGUUUCUGAGUAGUUCUACUUGAACUUGAUCUUGAAACCCUGAUUUUAAUUCAGAUACUUGAAACUUGAUCCAUCAAAUGAAUAUAAUGCUUAAACAAGAUUUACAGGUGGACCAA